UAUUGAAGGUGUAAACGGUGAUGUCACUGGCCUGCGGACUUCUCCACACUGUCACUUUAAUUUCAGUGCAGUCCAGGGGGCAGGAUCGUGAGGUUUUCCUUCUCUCGGACUCGCAGCGUUUGCACCAACCACAGCAGCAGCAGAUUGAAUGAAGAGCGUUUGCAGGCUGCUGGAUACACGGAGGAGACCGUGCUGGCCUGUUCAAGAUGCCUGAGAUGCACAGCCACAAUGCAUCAUGUUUUUUUAGCUCUUGAGAGGGCGGAUUUGAGCCUCGUCACAUUUCUCCACUGGCCCUGUUUUUAAAGAAAGCUGCUGCGGGGCCUUGAGAAAGCAAUCUCCGCCUUGAUGGUAUCUGGACAGCAGCGCGCUGCACAGACGGCUGGCAGCUCUCUGCACGGAUGAUAAAGAACUUGGGAAAGGAAAUGGUCAAGAUGGCAGCUGUGUGCGGAGUGAUAAAGCUGAUGUGGUGGCAUUAAGGUGUAGUAUUUUUCUUUCUUUUUUUCUCUGGCAUGCACGUCGCAGGAUCGCGGUGCAGGACGCGGGCGCUUGUAAAGGAACGCUGUUUGGAUUCCUCCGAAGACUCUCCUCUUCCUAUCUUUAACCCCACAUUUCGCGAAAUUGCAAUGCAUGCAGGCGAGGGUGUGGGCUGUGCACGAGAAAAGGCAAUGUUUUGUUAAUGCUGGUCAGCCCGAUCUGCUCUGCGGAUAGACGCCUUGCAGGAGGACAGACAGACAGACACGUGCUGGGCUGCAGGCUGGACAUUUGCAUACCGUGCAUAGUAAAUAAACCGUCUCAGAAGCGUGCACACAACAUUGAUGGAAUGCGACCUGAGUGAUUUUAUAACCUUUUGUGCAGCGACCGAGAUAUUCAGAUUAACAUGGCUGAGGCGCCGCGCAACGAGCCUCCCUUAAACGUGGAGAUCGACCCGGAUUUCGAGCCCCAGAAGCGGCCACGGUCCUGCACUUGGCCCCUGCCCCGUCCCGAGUCUGGUGCGGGCAAGCCCGGGACAAAUGACACUGACGUAAUCCCUGAAGAAGAGGAUGAUGAGGGUGGCAGCACGGAGAGCGCUCAGCAAGCCAGCGGCGGCGUUGUUAAACCGAGCAGCAGCUCCGUCUCACAGCCUGUGGAGGUCCAGCGCGGCCCCUGCAAGGAGGAGGCCGCCGAUGGCUCGCCUUCCUCGGCGCAGACCCCCGCCGCGGCUCCGGGCGGCUCUGCCUCCCAGCAGCUGAGGAAGUCCUCCGCCCGCAGGAACGCCUGGGGCAACUACUCCUAUGCAGACCUCAUUACCCAAGCCAUCGAGAGCUCCCCCGAGAAAAGGCUGACCUUGUCCCAAAUCUAUGACUGGAUGGUGAGGUCUGUGCCAUAUUUCAAGGACAAAGGCGACAGCAAUAGCUCUGCUGGCUGGAAGAAUUCCAUCCGACACAAUCUGUCCCUCCAUAGUCGUUUUGUCAAAGUACAGAAUGAAGGAACAGGGAAAAGCUCCUGGUGGAUGGUCAACCCAGAGGGCGGGAAAGGAGGCAAAGCUCCCCGACGACGGGCUGUAUCGAUGGAUAACAGCAAGUACAUCAAAGGAGCGCGAGGCCGUGCGACAAAGAAGAAAGCCUCGCUGCAGGCAGCUCAAGACGGCAGCUCAGAGAGCUCCUCCAGCCUCUCCAAAUGGACAGGAAGUCCCACCUCCCGCAGCAGUGAUGAGCUGGACGCCUGGACAGACUUCCGCUCCCGGACCAACUCCAACGCCAGCACACUGAGCGGUCGACUGUCCCCGAUCCUGGCCAACCUGGAGUUGGACGAGGUUCCUGAUGACGACUCGCCCCUCUCCCCGAUGCUGUACUCCAGCCCCAGCAGCAUGUCCCCGUCCACGGGGCCCACAGGGCUCUCAGACCUGGCAGGAACCAUGAACCUAAACGACGGGCUCUCUGACAACCUGAUGGACGACCUUUUAGACAAUAUCAGCCUGACAGCAUCCCAGCAGCCUCCUCCUGGAGAGGAAGACAACGGAGCCAACGGUCAGGGGAGCUCAGUGUUUACCUUCAGCUGCUCAGGAAGCAGUCUGGGUAGUCCCUCUGGCAGCUACGGGCCGAACCCACUUUUUAGCCCGCCGUCCAUCACAAGCCUGCGUCAGUCGCCCAUGCAGACCAUCCAGGAGAACAAGCAGACCACCUUCUCUUGCAUCUCGCAUUUCAGCGACCACCAGACCCUGCAGGAUCUGCUCAGCCUGGACUCCCACAACGUCAUGCUCACCCAGUCCGACCCGCUGAUGUCACAGGCCAGCACCGCCAUCGCCCUGCAGAACUCCCGCCGCAACGCCAUGCUGCUCCGCAAAGACCACAUGUUGGUGAACCACACUAGUGCGGGCGAGGCCCAAAGCUCUUCAGUGCCUGGUUGGCAAGCUGGCUUGUCAACCUCUGACAAAGACGCUGGCCUCUCCGACGCCAAGCAGCCGCACCUGAAGUCUCCCAGCAAGAACGCCUCUAUGCAGCUCGGCUCUGGUUUGUCCGGCCAGGACCGCUUUCCCGCCGAUUUGGACCUCGAUGUGUUCAACGGCAGCCUCGAGUGCGACAUGGACUCCAUCAUCCGCAAUGAACUGAUGGACGCAGACUGCCUGGACCUCAGCUUCGACUCGCGCCUCACCUCCGCCCAGAACGCCAACAGGAAUUCAGGAAGCUUCUCCAGCUCGAAACAGACCUCCCCUCACAGCUGGGUACCGAGCUGAGAAGCUCUGUCGGGGUAAAAAAAAAUUGGGGAAAAUGUAAAUUGGGGUUCAUUGUCCUGCGUUGUGAAACUAGAGGGAAGAACGUACGUAAAAGUGUAUUCAUGUAGUAUUUUUUCCAUUAUUUUCAAUGUGAGGCAUUAAGUUCGGUACUGUAUUUUAAGUGUCCGAGACACACUAUGGUGUCUUCACAGCAGAGAAAAAAAAAAUCUUUAAAAGACCAAUGCCGGGGCGGUGUGAACAACAGUAUUGACUGGAAUGGAAGUACAGGACAUUUUGUUGAAACUAUACGAAAAGCAUCAACUCGUGUUAGUCUCAGGGAAUCACUCGUGCAGUAUCACAAAGUGAUACAUGAAACUGAAUUACGUUUUCACCCUGCUUUCCCUCCUCUAUCACACCCUUUCAUACCUAAACCGACAUUUUUGCCAAACCAGCUGUCAACCUGUUGUGAGUGACAGCCUGUUUACAGAAAAAAAAGCUGCAGAGAAUGUUACAUUAUUACGUUCCAGUGGAGGAUACUUGACAAGCUUUUUUUUAUUUUAAAGUUUCUUUGAGAGACGUAGCCUAAAAACAGACUAAAAGAUUUUAAAAAAUGUUAAUGAAAAGCUUUUUUUUCCCAUCGAUGCACAGCACCAAAUAUCAAUCUGUAGAGGUUAAUAUGUUAUCAAGAUGUGAACUGAUCUACAUUGUGUGGUUUUUGUAUGUAAUGUUUUAUUUUUAUUUAGCGAGUUUACCCUGUGAUUUUAGUGACAUUACUGUGAAUUCUGUUCCUUCUGAAGAGGUGCAUUACUGAAGUCUUGAUAAUAUGGUGUUUCUGCUGCAGAUCCCUCUUCACCAUCUUCCUCCCCCCUCCUCCUCCUCCUCCUCCUCUUCCACUUACUGCAAUAUUGGAAGUACUGCUCAGUAUACAGAGUUUAGGACAGACUUAAGGACCGUGUUUAGCGAGAAACUCUAGCUCUAGUUGACACCAUUUAGCAAACACGUAUUUGGAUUAACCACACUUAGAGACUCCACAGCACUCAGCUACAAUAUUUUGGUGUUUGUUAAUUUGAAGGAGUUCUUGGUGCUAUAAAUAAGAAGAUAGCAGGGAGUGGCUGCAGACGGAGCAGCAUAAGUAGCCUCCCCUUUGUUAUCAGCACUAUAGCAGGUGCUCGGUUCAAAUGGUGUUUCCAACCCUGUGAGAGGAGGUGGUGUAGUAUCUUUAGAGCCAUUUUUUGCCAUUUGAGAAAGAAACAACCACAGUAUUUUAAAUAUUGCCAAAAUAUUUCUGCAUUUAAAUAAGUGGAAAUAAGAGGAUAUACAGUGUAUAAAUAUUAGGAACAAGUGCUAUAAGGGCAAAAAAAUAAAUAAAUAAAUACAUCGACAU